AUGGUUCUUCAUCUUAUGGUUUAUUUUAACAAUUUAUUUUUGUUUUGUCUAGGUCUUGGCCUUGAACUAAUCAAAGAAACAAUAUGUAUGUGUUGUCCAAAUGUUGUCAUUCAAUUAGGAGAUAAUAUAACUUCAUCUCAAGAUCGAAAUAAAAUGCCUGACUUGACACUUGAAUGGUUAUUACAACAGCCAGUUUUUGUGCCAUAUCGAAGUCAAAUGCAAAUGAAUGAUAGAAGACAACAAGAUUAUGAUGGACAAUUGAAUUAUGAAUAUAUCAAAAUACAAUCAGCAGCAAUAUCAAAUAAAAUCAAUAGUAAUACACUAAAAUUACGUCCACGUGAUCAUCGUCUUCUUGCUACUUGGUCUUAUUUUUUCUCUUCAUCAAAUCUUUCACGUAUUCACUUGCCAUGGUCACAACUUGUUCAUGUAUCUCUGCUUGAUAAGACGAAUAAAAAUUCAACUGUAAUACCUGAUAGUCUUGAACAUUCAAUUGUUUCAUUAUGUUCAAGUGAAAAAAUUGAUCAAUUACGAAAUUUGGCAGUUUCUACUGGUGAAAUAUUUCAGUUGUUGAAUUAUCAAGAUGAAUUCUUUGAAUGUUUAGGUUUUGGUUGGAUUGAACAAUGUAACAAAGAAACAGAAACUUACGAAAUUUAUACUCCGAUUAAUUGUCUUUCCAAUAUUAAUCUUCUUGUUUACGGUGCGUUUGAUACACCCGAUGAGUUUCAAUACACGUUCAGUCGUUUAAGUUUAAAAUAA